AUGAAGUUCUCUCUCCUUGCCGUUGCUCUUAGCACCCUCGCUGCUGCUUCGCCAACUCCUGACAUGGAGCACGAGAAGCGCGUCCUUGGUCUCCUCAAGCCCAAGGGUGGUAUCCCUUUCACUUUCACUUCUAUCUGGGAAGUUCUCGCUACCCCUGAUCAGGUUGUCGAUGCGGACAACAAGUACACUGGCGGACUGAAGAAUAGCAGGGGUCUCUUCAAGUUUGGCAUCAACUCAAACGAAGAUGUCAUCUGCUACAACAUCACCCUGUACGGCUUCCGAGGUGACUACCAGUCUCCCGCCAACACUGCCACCCACAUCCACGAGGCUGUCAAGGGCAAGUCGGGACCUCCACGCAUUGCCUUCCCCAACCCCGUCGGCGACGAGAAGAGCCGUAACGCUGUCGGCUGCCUCAAGGGCCCAUUCCGCACCGGUGUAAUUCAGAACGGCCAAGACACUGGUGUCGGCUUCACUCUCAAGCAGAUUGAGAAGAACCCCGAGAAGUUCUUCGCCGACUCGCACUCCAGCCUUGCUGUUCCUGGCGCUUUCCGAGGACAGCUGAGCUCAGGCAAGGUGUGCUAA